UCGGUCGGUCGGAGGCGCUUUUCCCGCAGUUCCGUCGUUCUGCUGUGCGAGGAGUAGGCGUUCGGAAAAGUGCGCGCGAGCCCAAACCGUGGCCAAAACCCGCAGGUGCAAAUAGCGUAUGUGCGUGUGUGCCGUUCGUGUUCGUGUUCUCCCAACGCCACACCGUUUCGCGGGCCCCAAGUUGAAUCUCGAAUCUUGACGAAGCGAUAACGAGCAGUUGAUAUCCUCCCGGAGGGUUCGUGUCCCGUUGCUAUACCCACGGUUGCCACCACGCCAGUUUGCUGCGAUUUUGCCCAAGUGAAAGCCACGAAAAUGAGUGCCAAAGUGUCGUGUUUCGUGCGCCUACUACCGAGUAUGAUGUCACAGCGGUGUGCGAAAGGUGGUCCAGCUCGCGGGUGCAGCUCCGCCAUCGUGCCAGCGCAGAUUAGUCACCGGAUACGGGGUGGCACCCGUUCCGUCGCAACCUUCUCCCCAGCGUCCAUGACCUCCCAGCAUCAUCUUCUCCUCCUCCGCCAGUCGCCCGGAAGGGACGUUGCCCGAAGAGGAGGAGAAGGAGGCCUUCUCAACCACGGCCGAGUGGCCGCAUCCAGCAGCUUCUUCCCGAGAAACGACUGGUGCCUGGUGCGGGCCUACACGCAAGCAGCGUCGACUCUGACCCGGGAGCAGCUCCACGAUCUCGUGUACAGGCUAAACGAAGAUGAAAGGGAAUUGCUUAUGAACACGCUGAAGCAGUUCGAGUCGAACAAAGUGAAGGCAAAGUUUGAAGGGCAGUUGGCAGCAACCGUUUGGCGCAGUAGAUUCGGUCGUCCGUCGAAACUAAAACCGGUCCUGGGAGAUGUAGAUCCUACCGGUUCCUACUGUGCGGUGCCGGAAGAUUGGCUGCAGAAAAAGUUCGCUGAAACUGUACCACCGCCAGCAACAUCGGACCUCAUGAAACUCGGUUUGGUGAACGCCCUUCCUUUUAUCGGAUUCGGAUUUCUCGAUAACUUCACCAUGAUUAUUGCGGGUGACUACAUCGAGCACACGCUCGGAUUAUUUAUGUGCAUAUCAACCAUGGCGGCGGCCGCACUGGGAAAUACCAUCAGCGACGUUAUCGGCAUCGGUUCGGCGUUUUACGUGGAAAAGAUAGCGGAGAUGAGCGGCGUGAAACCACCGAAAAUGUCCCCGAUUCAGCUGGAGAUGAAGUGUAGCCGGAGAGCGGCCAAUUUGGGCCGGGUGCUCGGUAUUACGAUCGGAUGCCUAUUGGGAAUGUGCCCUUUAUUAUUCAUGAACGAGGAUAAGGAAAAGGACAAGGACAAAGCGAAGGCAAAGGAAACCAAGCAGCAGCAGCAGCAGCAACAGGACGACGCGAUGGUGGUGGUGGCCGUGGCAGACAAGUAGGCUCCUUGCUGAAGGGCCAAGACCAAGGGAGGGGAACAGUAGGCGAGCAGCAUCUUGAGCGCAUCCCUAUUGUGCCCACGGAAAAAUACCCUGUGGGUGGUUGUGAACUUUUGCCUCGUUGUUGUUGGGUUUUUUUUUCGUUCAAUUUUGGUUAAGGUCAAGUUAGAAUUGCUCAUGGUAGUAGUGUCCCUACGCUGCUACUUGUUGCCGAGCAUAACGAAGCGUAACGAGAAUCGAAAAAUGAAACUAAGCAGGCAGUACUGUGCGCUAGCAACGAAAAGGUUAGCAUUUUAUGUUGAUUGAGUAUGCGGCCGGCGUACGGACCACCGGUGGACCACUCUUCAAGCGCGCACCCACCUGCGACAGAACAGAGAACUGCGAUUGUUCGAUCAAUUUCGUUCGAUUAUGUAAAUAUUAUCUGUCUCGAGUUACGGCCAUCUUCAUCACUCGAGACUUUACCAGCGCAUUAGCAACGAACGAUCGACGGAACGUCGUGAUGAGUUAACGGGACGGGAGAGACGCUUUUAAGGGGAUUUGUGCCCUCAUCUCAUUGCUUCAAGCUCAAAUCCGUCGAACCACGAGAGGAUUAGCUGUGGAAUUUACGCCAAUUGCGAGGAACUGUUAGAUAUUUAUUAGAAUGUGCGCCUAUGUGUGUUCCACUUCCUGCACACGAGUUGCGCCUCUGUUAAGCAAAUGCUACGAAUUUAUUAUUGCAACUUAUUGUCCUCGAUUGCGUGUUCCAUUGUUACUACCAUUACCUCUUAGGAUCUUUACCUCUACAUCUUAGAAAGACUAGUAAAACUAGUCGAUUAUUCGAAUCUAUUUGUUUUUUUUUUAUCAACGCCAAUUAUCUAGAUAAUUUACAAAAGCAUUCCUGAAUGCGACGGUCUACGUAUGUAACAUAUGCUUUUUAAAAGAAAACAAACAGUUUUGCUCUUAUCGUUCACUCCAGAACACAGUGCUUGAGAAUGAAUGCUUAGCUACGAAAUGCAUAAGAUUAUGAUUGUUUUGUUCAAACGAGCGGAGACGACGUUACUCGACACGUAAUAAUGAUCCAUGAUGCAUUAGCCACUGGACAGAGUAUAGAGGUGAAGCGAUUGUGGUGGGUCCAUUGGAAAGGGAAAAACAUGCAGGAAUACUUAGAGUCGAUUAAAGGGGUAUAUAGACUAUCAUUGGAAUAGCUUUCUGGAAAUCAGAGACCAAUUAUUCGAUAGACAUUACAGAACAAUUACAAACCAACCAACAAAAAAAAAAAUUACCAAUAUUGUGAACGUUAAAGUAGGCUAAGAACGCUCCAAGCUGUGGGCUCCCGAUGAACCGCCAUGAUGUAGACGGCACCCUCUCCUCAUGGAGUCUCGUACCAUUUUCACGAAGUCAUUAAAGUAAUAAUCGGUUGUGCUAGACGUCCGGAGUGCGUACUCCGCAAUGUUGGACCACAGCGGCAUUUUCUUCUUCGCCUCGCCCCAAGGCAAGAAGGGCCAUGGUACGCCAAGGGAAUGUAGGCCCACGAACGCUUUAGAAGAAGUAGCAGCAGCUCCCAUUGUCUUUCUUAUGGAAACAAAAUUCUUCCACGGUCAAAACCCGCGAACUAAGCCCCGCUCCCGCCUAUUAGCUAGUGUCGUUUAACCUAGGGGCAGGUGGUGCUGAAUCCCUCCAUCUUUUGAGCACAAUAAUAUUCUAAACUGAUAUUUCUGUACACACCCUAUUACCUAUUACCCACCCCCUGGCCUUACCACCUUACCUAGUAUGGGAAAGUGUACUCGGCGGAUUGUUGUUGGAACGUAAACCGAGGAAAAAUGCAAAAAAAAAACAGUACACUACUAUAUCUACCACUACAAACCGCGCCUGCACACGUACACGUGUGCACUGUUCACUAUUUUUCUAAACUACAUCACACCAAAAAAAACGUGUAGCGUUCGAUUCGUGUAUCGUUGUGACAUAAUAUACAUCGGGUUAUAUCUAACGUAGUCAAUUUUGUAGAUGAGCAAAAUCAACGGAUCAAUAAUACUCCCCCGCUGUCCAUAUAAUAAUACUCCCCCGCUGUCCUGACUCGUCUUUCAACCUGCACGCCGCGGCGGUAUGUCCAUCGCGCACUGAACGCGGAAACAAAUAGAAAAUGUGGCAAAAGACGUAGAAACUGUGCUAGCAAAUUGCAAACUAACGACUUAGCAGUUAAUCAAUCGUUCAAAGCAACAAUAACAUGCAACCAUUUCUCAAUUCUCCGAGUUCAGAGAACUAAACACACACAGUAGAAUAGUCGGUGGUGAAAUCAAAUGUAGUUGAAAAUAAUGUAGUGGCCAACUUCGACACGAUGACCAUAGAGGAUCGAUGGAGAUCGAGGAGAUAUCUAAUUGUGCUUUCUCCAUAGUACUUUCUUCCAUUGCUGCAGAGUAGUAGGGAGUGCAAUAGUUUAGCGGAGUAAAAGAAGCACAAACAACACAAACAAUGGAAAUGCUCAAAUAGUAAAAAAAGAGAUAAAUACACUGAUUGCAAUAGCGCGCCCCCGCGAGAUGCGUGUUCAAGGGAGAAUACAGAACAGCACAUGCAGUUCUUCGCUUCGCUGGAUGAGGUUUUUGUUCUUCGUUUACCACCAGGCGUGGCUUCAGCGGCUCAUUAUCAUCAUCAGUAACAUCGGGGAACCACCGUUCCGCAGCAAUUCCCAGCAAUACUGACAACACAAAUAGAUUUAAACGCAAAUACAACACAAUUUCAAUAUCUUA